AUGGAAAAGGUGGUUCUGCCCAACGGUGAAGAGCGUGAGAUCGAAAUCAAGAACGCGCUAUAUGUUCCAAGUAUGAGCAAGAACCUGCUCUCGGUACCACAGAUUAACAGCCAUGGCAAGUUUCAAGUCGUGUUUGACGGGUCCAAGAUGUAUGUGACUCUCAAGAGCUCACAGCAAGUGGUGGCGACAGCGGAUCUCGUGGAUGGACUCUACUGGCUUCGGACGACUCAACGAUCAGCGAAUGUGACAACAAGUGGAACCAGUUGUGCCGAUCUACAUGCGAGAAUGGGUCAUGCUCCAGUCGAUGUACUUCGCAAGAUGAUCGCGACCAACAUGAUCAAGGAUGUGCGAGUCCCUCUCAAGUCGGGUGGAGCAACUACAUGUCGAGGAUGUCAACAAGGGAAAAUGGUCCAAAAACCAUUUCCAAGUAACCGAGACAAGCGCAGCUACGAUACGUUUGAGCUACUUCAUCUGGACAUCUGCGGGCCCAUGGAAAAGGAUUCGCUCGGUGGCAGCAAAUAUUUGCUGCUGAUCAUCGACGAAGCCAGUGGAUGCAUGAAGGGCUUUUGUCUACGAGUGAAGUCCGAGAGUGAAGACUACAUCCGGAAAUAUAUCACCAUGGUACAGACGCAAUUCUGUAAGAAGGUCAAGUUCGUGCGACACGACGGAGCUCGCGAGUUUGCAACCAACUCGCUUCAACUGUUCUACGAAGACGAAGGCAUUGAACAGCAGACAACGGUGCCGUAUGCACAUCAAACAAACGGAACAGCAGAGCGUGCCAUUAGGACUAUUGUCACGAUCGGCCGCAGCAUGCUUCAUCAUGCCAAACUGGACAAGUGUUUCUGGGCCGAAGCAGCGAUGACGGCCAUCUACGUCAAGAAUCGACUGCCGUCACCUAAAGUCGUGCACAAGAUCCCGUUUGAGAUCGUGUACAACUCGAAGCCAAGUGUCAAGCACAUGCGAGUAUUCGGCUGUCAGACAUUUAUACUGACUCCGAAGGAGAAGCGACUCAAGUGGGAUCCGAAGGCUCGCGCUGGCAUAUUCGUGGGCUACGAAGAAGUUUCGAAGGCAUAUCGUGUUUAUGACAUCGAGGCGGGGCAGGUGGUUAUCAGCCGCGAUGUCAACUUCGACGAGUCCACCUUUGGACUUCAACUGCCGAUCACUGAUGAAGAUGUCGAUGACCUGGACUUCGAAUUGCUGGAUCUUGAUGACGAAGAGCUGCGUCAAAUGGAGUACAAGCAAACAGGCAAGCGCAAGAACCGACUCAAUGAUGAAGAUACAGCAGCUCCACGACCGCGUGCAGUGCGUCAACGACCAGGACUAGAAGAGUCAAGCGCGCCGGAAAACAACUCGUCACGACAAGAAGAAGACGAAGAAACGAAGGAUUCUGGUGAUUCAACACCGCCUGUGUUUUGGCGUGCGAGUGCAAAUGCCGUUGAAGCAGCAGUGGACUUAUCAGAACCCUCAACAUUUGAAGCAGCAGUAAGCGGCCCUGACCAAGUGCACUGGAGAAAAGCAAUUCAUGCAGAGCUCGAGUCAAUGCGACUUCGCGGUGUGUUUCGUGCAGCCAAGCUGCCCAACGGACAACGCGCCAUUGGCACAAAAUGGGUGUUCAAGAUCAAGCGCAAGGCGGAUGGAUCCAUCGAGAAGUACAAGGCACGUCUCGCGGCAAAGGGCUUUCGCUCGAAGUAUGGAAUCGACUACACGGAGACGUUUUCUCCCGUGGUCAAGCAUGUGACGCUGAGAAUGGUGAUCGCAAUUUCCAAGCAUUUUGGAUGGCCCAUCGACCAGCUUGAUGUGGUGACAGCUUUCCUGUAUGGCGUCAUGAAGGAACAAGUGUUCUGCGUGAUUCCUGAAGGCGUCGAACUUGACAGUACGUUCGACUGUCUCGAAUUGGUGAAGGCAAUUUACGGCCUGAAGCAAGCUUUGCGAGUAUGGAACGAGACUUUCACGAGACUUUUGACGAGUGUGUGUUCCAUUGGAUUUCAAGUGUCAGGCUUCGACCCAUGUCUCUACAUCAAGACUUCGGACGGCCAUUGCGUGUUUAUACUGGUCUAUGUGGAUGACGUGUUGGUGACAGGAAGCUCACCCAAGUUGAUUGCACACACCAAGGAAGACCUGAAGACACGCUUCGAAAUGACUGAUAGCGGCAAGUGUGCAUUUGUUCUUGGGAUCGAGCCUUUGGACGGUGAAGAUGGCAGUGUGACACUAUGUCAGCGUCGGUAUGUCGAUGAUAUCCUCAAGCGCUUUGGCAUGGAUGAUUGCAAGGCAGUCGCAAGUCCAGUCGACAUGAGCUCUCGACUUGUUUCAAGUGAUGCAACUACCAAGGUCGAUGCUCCUUUUCGCGAAGCUGUUGGUGCGUUGAUGCACCUGACCACUGCAACGCGUCCGGACAUUGCGUUUGCUGUGGGCUAUGUGUCGCGGUUCAUGGAAAAUCCCCAAGAAGAACACUGGGUUGCAGUUAAGCGUAUCUUUCGCUACCUACAAGGCACCAAGACGCAUGGAAUUUGCUACAAGCCAAGUGCAAGGAUCGACUUCCGUGGAUAUUCGGAUGCGGAUUGGGCUGGUGAUCUUACCGACCGCAAGUCAACAUCGGGGUACACGUUCAUGCUACUCGGUGCACCAGUCAGUUGGGGCAGCAAGAAGCAGCCAAGUGUUUCGUUGUCCACGAGUGAAGCCGAAUACAUCGCACUCAGCUUGGCGAUUCAAGAGGGCAAGUGGAUUCAUCGUCUGCUUUGUGAGAUCGUGAUGGCUGCCAAUGAAGAAGGACCGGAACUCAUGAUCCAUGAAGACAAUCAGUCGUGUAUCAAGAUGACGAAGAACCCAGUCAACCACGGCCGUGCCAAGCACAUUGAUAUCAAGUACCAUCACAUCCGUGAUGAGGUCAAGCGCGGUGAAGUGAAGCUCAAGUACUGUGAAACUGCGGUGAUGUUAGCGGACAUCAUGACGAAGGGACUUCACGGGCCACGCCACAAGGAGAUGACGGCGACUCUCUGGAUUCGUGAGCAUUCGGAUUGA